CUAAACUAGUAAAUUACUAAACUAGUAAAGUAGUAAAGUAGUUAAACUAGUAAAGUAGUGCUGCUGUUUCUGUUAUAAAACCCUGAUUGAAAACACUUUCUCAUUCUUAUCUGAUGAAUAAAAUCCCUCCUGAGGUUCUAAUACUUCCCUCUGGAAUCAGUGUGUUUUGGUGUUUGUGGUAAAACAUUGUUUUAUUUUUAAUAAUCAGAACCUUUGACACCAAGUCCACCAUUAACCCUGAAGAAGUGAAAUAACGUCUCUGUGGUCGGUUUAGUUGGAGCUUCACAGAGAAACUGGUGAGAUAAGGUGGCCACUCAUUAACUCCACUCUUUACGGUUCCUCUCUCCUUACAGGAGGCAGGCGGCAGACUUUUAUGUGGAACAUCAGUCGAAGCCUUUCUUCAAUAACCUGGUCCAGUUUGCGUCCUCGGGCCCCGUGGUGGCCCUGGAGCUGAUGGGGGACGGGGCCGUGGCCAUCUGGAGGAGGCUCCUGGGGCCCGCCGACUCCUCGGCGGCGAGGAAGGAGGCGCCACAGAGCGUCCGAGCUCGGUUCGGAACCGACGGCCUCAAGAACGUCGGCCACGGCUCCGACUCGCUGGCUGCAGCCGCGAGAGAGCUGGAGUUCUUCUUCCCGUCCACCGUCGGCCGUGGUCCCUCCAACACGGCCACGUACUCAGACUGCACGUGUUGCAUCAUCAAACCUCAUGCCGUAUCAGAAGGUCUGACGGGGAAGAUCCUGAACUCCAUCUCAGAGUCUGGAUUUAACAUCUCAGCACUUCAGAUGUUCAAUGUGGACCGGGCCAACGCAGAAGAGUUCUACGAGGUGUACCGAGGCGUGGUCAGCGAGUACCCUAACAUGGUGACCGAGCUGUGCUCUGGACCCUGCAUGGUUCUGGAGAUCCACAGCACCGACGCCCCUCAGGCCUUCAGGAGGUUCUGUGGACCUGCCGACCCGGAAGUCUCCAGACACCUCCGCCCCUCGUCUCUGCGAGCGCUGUACGGCAGAGACAAAGUGAAGAACGCCGUCCACGUCACAGACCUCCCCGAGGACGGCGUGCUGGAGGUGAGCGGGCAUCGCCCGAUCCUCAGAAGGACACGCCCCCUAACCUCUGACCCCACGAAACAACGACGUCGCUGUGAGAACCAGCGUGAGCCGAGUCGGACAGAACAACCUUUUGUUCCACACGUGACUUAACUUUAACUCGUUUCUGUUCUCAGGUUCAGUAUUUCUUCAAGAUUCUGGAUGGAUGACAAACACACAGGAAGCUGCAGAAGAAGACGUGACAGUUGACUCAUGUUUCUGUUUAUUGUUUCAGCCUUAUGCAGAUUAAAUAAAGUGUUUGAUCUUCAACAUUGAACACACCGACUAAACAUGUCAUUACACGGUAAACGCCUCCGAUGUCCUCUCAACUUUUUUUUUUUUUUAGACCAGCGACUUUGUUUUUUUUUUGAUUCAUACAUUACACUUUGAAAAAAAUGUACAACUGCAUAAAUAUAAAAUUCUUCCACCAUGAAAAUGGUUAAAACAUUCAAUAGUAAGUUGCAUCACGUCGUGUGAUGUCUCCAGCAGAAACGGAUCAGAGUUGGAGAUGACCCACAAAGCUCUACACUACCAGUUAAGAAGGAACAGAAGAAGAAUGCUUCCAUGGAGUCAGUCAGAGGGUCAGAGUACCAUGCCAGUAUUCAGUUAGAGCACAUUAACACACACACACACACACACACACACCCCCCCACCCACCCACACACACACACACCUUGGACCACUGAAGCGGACAUAAGACGGAGCACAACAGGACUCUGAGAACACCUUCAGGAUGAAACACUGAGGACACAAAGAGCUACACGUCAGUAGUGGAGUUACAGUAAUAGAUGAACACAUGGCUCGAGGAAUAUUCUCAUGUACAAUAGAAUAAAUAUUUGCUAUUGCUACUCUUGUAUUUUACAUUCUAACCCUGGACACACACACACACACACACACACAUGGAGAAGCUAGUGUAAAGCACACAGAUUAAGUGUAGGUCCUGUAUAUGAUGAAUGUUCAAAGACUAGUGGUGUUUAUCUCAACUCUUUUAUUCUCUCUACAAUGUGUCGGUGUCAAAGUGAGAGACGGUCACGAGGCGAUGGUGAACUUGACGUCGAAGCGUCCCUGGUAGCGGUCCUUCUCGCUGUAGCCGAUGUUGCCUCCGAACACUUUGCACUCGAUGCGGAGCUCCGUAUCCAGGGUCAGGUUGGUGAACUGGAUGGCCACCAGCGGCUGCAGGUACUGGGGGUGCAGCAGCUUUCCGUAGUACGGGUAGUACUGCAGAGGGAAGCCUUCGCCCAGACCAAAGUACUUGAUCGGUCCGAUCUUGCUCUCGUCCUCGUCUCUCUGAGGAACACCAACGGAGGGUUUCAACUCAACGUCUCCUCACUGUGUUAACAACAGAGAGGACGAGACCUACCUUGUUCUUGCAGAAGAUGGGGAUCAGGUUGGGCUGAGUGCUGGUCUGAAGAGGCCCUGGGAGAGACUGGUUGUCGGUCGGAGCCUGAAACCAGAGAGAGAACAUCCCGAGUGUGAGGUCACGUGGUUUCCCAUGAUGCAACGUGUUCAUUCACAACAGCAGCAAACAUCAUAGCGCAUAAACCAGCACAGUUCUGAGUAGUAAUUCAGUAACAAUCUGUGAUAUUAAUAACUAUAUCAGGAGUAAACAACUCUACCGGUUUAAGGUUCAAAUAAAAACUAAAAGGAUCAAAAUCAAUGCAGCAGAACCAGAGAUAUCCUCUUUUAUUACACUAUCUGCUGCCUACAUUACCCACAAUGCAGCUGUAACCGCCGCCAGUGUUAUGCUAGUAUUAGCUUCAAGGGACCAAGUGAAUGCAUGUAAAUGAGGCUACUUUUAUAAUGUGACACAUAGAACCAAGAAGAAUCUCCUUUAAUCUGAUUCUUCAUGAGACGAGGACUAACAUCAGCUGACGCUUCACAUGUUUAACUUCAUGUACACGUGAACACAACAGUCUUCAUGUUCUAACAUCUACAUCACGUGACUCAAGAUCUCCAGAUGAUUUGUGUUUGUUAGACCGACCUUUGGCAUGAAGUUGACGAUCCUGUUGAGCUUGACGAUGAUGCACGGCAUCGCGUCCUUGAAGCCGUAGUUCGGGUCGCUCUCUCCGGAGCACCUGCUGAGCCAAGUCCGUUUGAAGCGACACGCCUUCCUCUGACCCAGGUCUUUCUCAAUGGUGCCUCGGUCCUUGUAGCUCAGAGGAGACUCUGAGAAGAAGGAAUAAUAAUAAGAUAUUAUUAACAAUAAGAUAAUAAUCAGGGAUCAAUACAGCAGCCACUCUGUGAUUGGCUCAUACUAACCUCCACAGUCCUCGAAAUUGAUCUGGUCGGUCUGCCGGGCGUCAUCGUACUUGGUGAGGAACUCCUCCACAGCGUCCACGUACUUCUUGUAAGAAGCAGGAUCAGACACUUUGUACGCGAUCUCAGACUUCUCUGAACGUGGCGUGUGAGACAGACCUGAAGACAUAAACUCAGGUUUAAUAAAACAUAACACGGGUUUA